GGAAAACACCUUGCCUCGUCUCUUGCGCCUCCCCUCCACUACGCGAGCUCUCUUCUUGUCCGACCGAUGCCGCUGACACGCUCGCGGACGGUCGCUGCAGCGCCGCCGAAGCGCCGCUUCGCAUUCAAGGUGUACCAGAUCGAGGCACCCGUCGAGAUCGACAUCAUAGCCAAGGCUGGUCCCGACGAGGCGCAUGCCGGCAUCAAGACGGUCCUCUUUGCGAUCCAUGGCCGCGGUGCGUUGUCCUUCUCUUCUGACGGCUGUGCCGGUCAGCUAAAAUCUUGCGUUUACGGAGACAGAGAGGAAUGCCCAGGAGGCAUACGAGGCAGCAGAGGCCGCUCGGGGCUCCGACGAGAGCGUAUUGGUCGUCGCACCUCAGUUUGUGAGAGAGAGAGGUUGCACCUGCACGGUGAGCUUGGCUUCACUUUGACUGAUCUAGGAUGGGCUCGGCCAGUACAAUGGGCUAGACAAGGACCUGCUGGCAAGCCAGGAGCAGGCACGACUGCUCGUAUUCAAGAGUAAUGGCUGGGGCCACGGGGGCCCCGCGGGUGGAGUGGGCAAGGGCCUUGCCUCGUCCUUUGACGCCCUUGACCGGCUCGUUGAGCGCUACCAGGCCUGGGUCAGCGUUGA